CUGUCGUAGCUACGCCUUUUCCUGCAGAAAGUGCUGGAGUUUGUUAGCCAAUAACCUAACGGGUGGUCAAGAUCUGAAGAGGCAAGGAAAACAUAUAUUGUCAGGGGUUUUAACUUAUUAGUAAGGAUUGGGAUUUACUUGUUGAUCUGACAACGUACGUGGCUGCUUUAAUCGUGUUGUCUUAAAUUUAUGUAGAAAAGGAUUCUGUAACUUAAUUAAAAUGAGGUACUUGACAUCAUCAUUCAUCUUAAUGAGCGUAUUCUGUUGGUUUAAGACAAAGGCGGAGUUCUUCACCUCAAUUGGUCAGAUGACUGAUCUGAUUUUCACAGAAAAAGACUUGGUGAAUUCUUUGAAGGAAUAUAUAAAGGCAGAAGAAUCCAAAAUGUCUAAAAUUAAGAGAUGGGCUGAAAAACUGGAGGCAUUAACUUCCACUUCAACUUCUGAUCCAGAAGGAUACCUUGGUCAUCCUGUGAAUGCAUACAAGUUAGUAAAACGAAUGAACACUGAUUGGCAGGAACUAGAGAGAAUUGUUCUACAGGACCCUGCAGAUGGUUUUAUUAACAAUUUGACUGUUCAGAAGCAAUAUUUCCCAAGUGAAGAAGAUGAGGCUGGGGCAGCUAAAGCUCUGAUGCGACUUCAGGACACGUAUAAGUUAGACCCUGACAGUAUUUCUAAAGGAAAGUUACCAGGAGUGAAGCAUAGUGCAUUUCUGACAGCAGAAGACUGUUUUGAUAUGGGAAAAAUCGCUUAUAAUGAUGGAGAUUACUACCACACUGUACUGUGGAUGCAGCAGGCCCUUAAACAAAUAGAUGAAGGAGAGGAUACAGACAUUAGUAAAAGUGAGGUGCUUGAUUACCUGAGCUAUUCUGUUUUUCAGCUGGGUGACUUGUUUCGUGCAAUUGAGCUCACUCGACGAUUAAUUGCUUUAGAUCCUACCCAUGAAAGAGCAGGUGGCAAUCUGCACUAUUUUGAGGCUUUGUUGGAGAAAGAACAACAUGAAGGGAAGGUAAAUAAAACCGCAUUUGAAGAACCAAAAACGGUUAGUGGGAUCUAUGAGAGGCCUCCUGAUUAUUUGCCUGAGCGUGAAGUAUAUGAAGCUCUCUGCAGAGGUGAAGGCGUUAAGAUGACAAAUAGAAGGCAAAAACGGUUGCACUGCAGAUAUCAGGAUGGAAACAGAAACCCCAGGCUGCUAUUGGCUCCAAUUAAAGAAGAAGAUGAGUGGGACAGUCCACAUAUUGUUAGACACUAUGAUGUUUUGUCACAUGAAGAAAUUGAAACAAUUAAGGAGUUGGCUAAACCAAAAUUGGCCCGAGCAACGGUACGUGACCCUAAAACAGGUGUUCUAACAGUAGCCCACUACAGAGUAUCCAAAAGUGCAUGGCUGGAAGAAGAGGAUAGUGCCGUAAUUGUAAGAGUGAACCAAAGAAUAGAAGACAUCACUGGCUUAACAGCAAAAACAGCAGAGCUACUACAGAUUGCAAACUAUGGAGUUGGAGGCCAGUAUGAACCGCAUUUUGAUUUCUCAAGACGUCCUUUCGACAGCAAUCUCAGAACGGAUGGGAAUAGGGUAGCAACGUAUCUUGCAUAUAAAAAUGAACCUGAUGCUUUCAAGAGAUUAGGGACUGGAAAUCGACUGGCUACAUAUUUAAAUUAUAUGAGUGAUGUUCCAGCAGGAGGUGCAACAGUUUUUCCAGAUUUUGGUGCAGCUAUAUGGCCCAAGAAGGGUACAGCUGUUUUUUGGUACAAUUUAUUUAAAAGUGGAGAGGGGGAUUACAGAACAAGGCAUGCAGCAUGCCCUGUACUAGUUGGAAGUAAAUGGGUUGCAAACAAAUGGUUUCAUGAAAGAGGACAGGAAUUUAUACGGCCCUGUGGAUUGACAGAAGUUGAUUGAAGAGCCUCUUAAAACUGGAUGACUUCCCCACUGCCAAAAGUCGUUUCUUUGUUUUUUCUUCCAUUUUGUGAUUUACCUCUGAACUAUGAACACUUUAAAAGUGCAAAAGAAAGGAAAAAGGAAGCCCUUCUACCCCACAACUGUCAAAACAAUUUUGUGCAACCAUCACUGAUGAGUUGGGAGAUGUUGGAUCUAUGACUCUUGUGCCUUUUAAACUUUUGAUAUUUUGGAUAUUAACUUUAAACUGAUCAUUUUUUUUUGUCAUUUUUAUUUUUUCCAAUUGUUCUCUACAUUGAUGAAUUGUUGGCUCUUGAUCUUUGCUGUUGUUAACAAAUGGCCGGUAAUAUGUACUUUAUUUAAAAAAAGAUUUAUUCUGAAA